CUCAAAAUGCAAUUAUUUCUCGUUCUCCAGACCACCGCGAGGGAGAUAGAACAGACGUCUUUGAUAAUCUUCCAAAAAUGGAAACCUCCGAGACAAAAACCAGAAAGUAUAUCGAUGUCUUGAAAGAAUUCCAGCGUACCAGACGAGAGAAGGCCUCUCGGAGCCAUUCCGCAUUUCUAAAGAUAGUGCGACGUGCUCUCAGUCAGGGUUGGAGUGGUACUUGGUCGUUACGGUUCUUCUUUCUAAGCAAUGACUGAGACCGCCGUCCAUGUACGAUUGAUCGCUAUGUCUGGUGGCAAUUACCCCAAGGCUGCGAAGCAAACUGAACAGGAGGGUGAAUCCGGCGUAGGUAGCUCUGUUGUCGUAUAACCGACAUUAACAGAAAUUUACCGGUGGGGGCUCAAUUUCAGGCUCAAAAUCCUGCUGUCUAGAUGAACUAAAGCUUUUCUCGUGUCUUAUGAGGAAGACUUUGCACUAGACAAGGUCGAUCUGACCAAUUAUACCUUACCGCCAUGAAGUCCCUAUGGUGGAGUAUUCAGGAUUUUCGAUAUUCGCCGUCACCCAGUUUCAAGGCCCACUUAGCUCUUCGGACCAUAAAAAGUGACGAAUAGGUUGUGAUAAUGGGUUCUCUACUCCUGAAUACAAGGAGCCUGGCCUCACUCACUUGAACCCAGCUCUUUAACAACAUGUUAUCAUUCAAAGCUCUUAUAGCAUGCAACAAAGACGUUGUCAAACUCUUCAACAGCAACAGAAUCACUAGACGACCGAAAUGUCGGUAAACUACAUGUUGUUUCUUGCCGGUACCCCCAACACAAUCCUGGAUCCUACCUACUGUUGGGAUUCCCUCGACAAUUUGGUCAACACCAGCUACUUCGCAAGCCUCCGCAAUUUGUAAGAACUGUUCAUCACCACUACGAACAACCGCUUGAAGAGAGUUAUGGUGAUGGCUGAAAUCACCAGUGGAGUCUGGAAUUCCGAUAAGCAAGUCAACGAGCUGGAUUGUCGACUUUUCUCCUCAGUAAUUGAGGCAAUGAUAAAGCACCCACCUCAGCAGUCUUCGACGGCUCUCGGCAAAGCCACAGCCCUCAGGACGGAGCAACUUCUGAUGGAUUCCCAGGCGUACCUUGGCAAUCUGCAUUUUGAAGCAUCUAGGCCCCCUUCAUCUAUCGUGGGUCACUUGACCUACACAGAAUCCUGCGGAAUCUAUCAAAUUCCAGGCUCAAAUGUCCCAUUAAACAUGGAAUGGGUCGAAGAUCAAAGCGAAUGUUAUCACUGGUCGCUGUUCUGGCCUCGGAUAACACAAAGCCCAGGUUUCUAUUUCCAAUCAUCUUCGAAAACACCAUUGGUGGUGUUAUACUAUUCUAUGCUCACUUACCGUCUCUGA